AUGAGCUGGUUUCGGAACCUACAGGGGCAGCUUUCCGAACUUGCGAACGAAGUACUUAAUGAAGCGACAGAUGAUGUUGUUGACGCAGAAUCAGAGCUCCAGGUAGCAAAUAGAAAGCUCAGUGAAACCGAGCGUCUGCUUAUCGCAGAGCGGUCCAAAGUCAAAAAACUGGAGGAAAGACUACAUGAGCAGGAACAGCUGUUGUCGGCUUCACAUGCCGAAAUGGACGUAGUAGCAGAGCGGCAUAGGACUAUGAUACUGACCAGGGAUGACGAAAUUAAAAAGUUGAAGACAGAAUUAGAACGCUUGCAACUCAAUCCAUGGAGCGAGUCAGAUGGUGAUAGCGGAACCAUGGAGCAGACAAUAAUGGACUUACAGCGAGAGGCGUCUACCAAGAAACUGGAGGAACGUCUUGAAGAAGAACGAAGACAAAAGGAGGCGGAAAUUGCAUCGUUGGUAGAAUCACAUUCACGUAGCAUGAAUGAAAUGAAGGAGAUGUAUGAAGAACGCAUUUUUGCACUGGAGGGUGUUGCUUCCUCAUCAACGAGCAACACAGAUUUACUUGAUGCCGUGUUGUUAGAAAAAGAAGAGUUAUUGGAGACGAAAAGGAAACUUGAAGGCUUAGUUCGUCAACGUGAGAGCGCUUGUCCAUCAACAACCAAUGCUUCAGCUACCUCAAAUAUAUGUGAUGAUCGUUUAGAAGUGUUGGAUUUAGUUGAGGGAUCUGAUGUUACGGAUCUAGAGGAGAAAUUGCGAGACACUAAGACGGAAUUAACUCAGCUUCGCGCAGCGUGUUCUGAAAUGGAGUCGAAAAUUUUGGAAUAUGGCAGCUUAAAAAUUCAACAUGAAGAGCUAGCUCAGGCUUACAACGAUUUGAACGAGGAGUUUGAUAAAUACAAGGAAACAACAGCUUCGAAUACCCAGGAUAACAAUAAUCAGGAUCUCACCCGUCGAAUAGAUCUUUUGAAGGCGAAUUUAAUCGAAUACGAGGAAAGAUAUGAGAUGUGUAAGCGUGAGAACUUGGAAACUGUAGCUCAACUUGAGCGACUUACUGGGGAAUUCGAAAGACUAAAAACUGGUUUUGCUGAUGUACGAGAACAAAAGGACUCUAAUAUAACUGGCGAGAUGGGUCGUCUCCAAACAGCUCUUGAGCAGGCGAAGCAGGACCGUGACCGUCUUCGUGCUGAUGUUGAUAAAUUUCGUUCAGCAAUAGAGGGAAUCGAUGUUGAACUAGAUACUCUUCGUGCUUCUAAUCGACAACUGUCCCAGGAGAACGCGGAAUUGCUUGGUGUUAUUGGUCGGCUACUCGUUGAGGAGUCCAGGUUGCUAUCCGAGGUCAAUGCACACUUGAAGAAACAAGAAGAAACGGACUCUAAGAAAUUACAGCUCUUAGAAGAGAAGAUUGCACUACUUGAAAAUCACAGAGAAGUGUCGCUGCGUAAACUUCAGAAGGAAGACUCCACAGAAAAUAGCCAGAUUGCAGUUACUCAGUCAAACACAGAAGAAGUGUCUGCGCUCACUGAACAGCUUCGAGAAGCUUUGGCCGCGAAUGCAGAGAAAACUGAAGAAUGUGAGAAACUCAGACAACAAACGGAUGAUUUAGAAAAGGAGGUGACGGUACGGCAAUCAUGUGUAGAUGAAAUGAUUGCACAAACAAAUGUUCUGCAAGUACAACUGCAAAUCGCAGCAGAGACUAAUAUGCAGCUUAAACAACAGAUUUUGGAGAAAGAUCGUUCUCUGAACUUAAUUAAUGAGAAGCUGAGCCGAACACAGCCUGAAUCUAACGAUCUUGCUUCUCACGUUGAACCGCUACGUUCCUCUGCUCUGGAUGCGAACAAGUUCCAGGUUCCGGAAGUCCCCGAUCACUCGAUGCUAAAUGGUAAUGGUGAGGAAUUGUGUGACACGACGUCUCCAAAAAGUGAUAAUGAGCAGUCCUCAGUCCUCGCACACGAUGUGAAACCAGGAAAAGCGCUCAAUGAAUAUAUUGAACGUCUUGAGUUGGAAUGUUCACAGCUGAAGCAAGCUUCUGCACAGUCGGACGAAAUAAUAAGAGAAAAGACGAAGAUUGUGGAAACACUUACAAUGGAAAACGAGCAACUUCGGCAGCUGACAACGCAGAAACAUGCUGAAAGCGUAAGCUACUUCGGUCGAUUGGAAGCAGCUUUUCAGCAAACUGCUUUUCUGGAAAAAAAAUUGGCAGAGAAGGACGAAAAUGUCGCAGAGGCACUGAAAGAGGAACGGGAGUCUAGGGAAAAGUUGUCUCGCGAAUUACAAAGACUUAGGGAACACUUGAUCCUAGUCGAAGAGACAUCAACUACUGAAGCCGUGGAGGCUGAGAAACGUGAGACUGAGUUGAGGGAGCGAAUCAAACAGCUGCAAAGUUCUAUUGUUGCUGCUGACACAGAUUCUGCUAAAACUGCCGAGUCUAUGAGGAAUGAACUAUCUUCAUUGCAAGAACGUGUUGUGGUUGCGGAAGAAUCGGCUGGGGAUUGGAAGUCUCGUUAUGAAGAAGAAAAACGAUUGCAUUGGGAGACAAGUGACGCUUUAGCAAGUCUGCAGGUUGUUGUACGCGAGUUGUCAGCAGAUCAUGAGCGCGAAGCAGCAGUCGCGUCUCAUAGGAACGUGCAACUUCAGGAGAAGAUUCGAGAACUAACCGUAACCGUCGAAAGUUUGCGUGCUGAUAUAGAGCGCUUAUCUUUGGAUAAGCAAACUGUAGAAGAUUUGCUGGAAUAUGCUAAAAGCUCUAUUAAUGCCCGUCAAAAAAUCGUCGAGGAUCUUGAAGUUCAAUUAGAAGAAGCGAGAGCAUUUACGCGAAAGUCGUCUGAAACUUAUCAUAUUGAUGACGUUACGCUGCGGCAACUGUUCUUGAGUUACUUUACUGCACCAGCCGACAAACGCGCAGAUAUAGCAAUGCUUCUUGCGAGUAUCCUACAAUAUCCACCAGAGGACGUGCAGAAGGUACGCCAGGCUGUUUGCGGCACAACUCGAAACGCAACACCCAGUGGAGGAAUUUCUCUUGCUGAACAGUUUAUUCGAUUCCUCGAGAACGAGUCAGAAUCAGCAACUACUGCUCCACAUCUCCCAGUUGCUCCACGUGGGCUAACACCCGGACCUUCCAUCAUUCCACCGCAAAUUUUUUCACUAGCUCCAUCGCAACCAAGCAGCCUUGACUCGGUGUUAAAAUGA